GCGGGUCGUGCGGCGCGGCGCGCGGCGGGGGCUGGCGGUCACCAUGGCGAUGCGGGAGCUGGUGGAGGCCGAGUGCGGGGGUGCCAACCCGCUCAUGAAGCUGGCGGGUCACUUCACGCAGGACAAGGCCCUUCGGCAGGAGGGCCUGAGGCCUGGGCCCUGGCCCCCGGGAGCCCCCGCCGCAGAGGUCUCCAAACCUUUAGGAGUAGCCUCUGAAGAUGAGCUGGUGGCCGAAUUCCUGCAUGACCAGAAUGCGCCGCUUGUGUCCCGCGCGCCUCAGACCUUCAAGAUGGACGACCUCCUGGCCGAGAUGCAGGAGAUCGAGCAGUCCAGCUUCCGCCAGGCUCCCCAGAGAGCCCCUGGUGUGGCAGACUUGGCCUUAUCUGAGAACUGGGCCCAGGAAUUCCUGGCAGCAGGAGAUGCUGUGGACGUAGCUCAGGAUUAUAAUGAAACCGACUGGUCGCAGGAAUUCAUCGCUGAAGUUACAGACCCCUUGUCUGUGUCGCCUGCCCGCUGGGCCGAGGAGUAUCUGGAGCAGUCAGAGGAGAAGCUGUGGCUGGGAGAGCCCGAGGGAACAGCUGCUACUGACCGUUGGUAUGAUGAGUAUCAUCCCGAGGAGGAUCUGCAGCACACGGCCAGUGACUUUGUGGCCAAGGUGGAUGACCCCAAAUUGGCUAACUCUGAGUUCCUGAAAUUCGUGCGGCAGAUUGGCGAGGGGCAGGUGUCCCUGGAGUCCGCUGCAGGGUCGGGCCGAGCUCAGGCAGAACAGUGGGCAGCAGAGUUUAUACAGCAGCAGGGUGCAUCAGAUGCCUGGGUUGACCAGUUCACGAGACCAGUAAACACAGCUGCCCUCGAUAUGGAGUUUGAACGAGCAAAGUCAGCUAUAGAGUCUGAUGUCGAUUUCUGGGACAAGUUGCAGGCAGAGUUGGAGGAGAUGGCCAAGCGCGAUGCUGAGGCUCACCCCUGGCUUUCUGACUACGAUGACCUCACAUCUGCUUCCUAUGAUAAGGGCUACCAGUUUGAGGAAGAGAACCCCCUGCGCGACCACCCUCAGCCGUUUGAAGAAGGGCUGCGGCGGCUUCAGGAAGGGGACCUGCCGAAUGCCGUGCUGCUCUUCGAGGCCGCUGUGCAGCAGGACCCUAAGCACAUGGAAGCGUGGCAGUAUCUGGGCACCACCCAGGCGGAGAACGAGCAAGAACUCCUCGCCAUCAGCGCGCUGCGGAGGUGCCUGGAGCUAAAGCCAGACAACCGGACAGCACUGAUGGCGCUGGCCGUGAGCUUCACCAACGAGUCCCUCCAGCGCCAGGCCUGUGAGACCCUGCGGGACUGGCUGCGCUACACCCCAGCCUAUGCACAUCUGGUAGCGCCUGGUGAAGAAGGGGCUGGCGGGGCAGGACUGGGUCCCAGCAAGCGCCUGCUGGGCUCUCUGUUGUCUGACUCCCUGUUUCUUGAAGUGAAAGAGCUCUUCCUGGCAGCUGUGCGCCUGGACCCGACGUCCAUCGACCCUGACGUGCAGUGCGGCCUGGGAGUCCUCUUCAACCUGAGUGGGGAGUAUGACAAGGCCGUGGACUGCUUCACAGCUGCCCUCAGCGUGCGUCCUGAUGACUACUUGCUGUGGAAUAAGCUAGGGGCCACCCUGGCCAAUGGGAACCAGAGUGAAGAAGCCGUGGCUGCGUACCGCCGUGCCCUGGAGCUGCAGCCGGGCUAUAUCCGGUCCCGCUAUAACCUGGGCAUCAGCUGCAUCAAUCUUGGGGCUCACCGGGAGGCAGUGGAACACUUUCUGGAGGCCCUGAACAUGCAGAGGAAAAGCCGAGGCCCUCGAGGUGAAGGGGGUGCCAUGUCCGAGAACAUCUGGAGCACCCUGCGUUUGGCGUUGUCCAUGUUGGGCCAGAGUGACGCCUACGGGGCGGCUGAUGCCCGGGACCUGCCUGCCCUCCUAGCUAUGUUUGGCCUGCCCCAGUGACAGUGGGAUGGGCUGCCCUGUGAGUGUCUGUUGGAGGGGUCCCCACUCGGGAUGUGACUCCCUCCCCCCAAAUGGGCCUGCCGAGGGGGUGGGCUGAUGAUCACUGGUGGGACAGCCUCUCAGGAGCUGCCUCAGAGCAGGGGUGCAGAGUCCACGUGCAGUUCCUGCGUAAUCGUGGGAAAAGGAACUGUGUUGUCUCUGAGUCCCUUGGUGAUUCAAGGACUGCGCGUUCAGCCCCAGGUCUCUCUCUGCUCACCGUGCCCUCUCCUGGUGCUGCUUUUUGGGUAGGACCCGAUGGCUGUCACCAGCCGCCGUGUCUGUGGGGUCCACCACAUUUGUCGUGUCUGUCUUUUCCCCCGCUUUGUUGGAAGUUGGUAACAGUCCAGCCUGCCUGGGCAGUUGUAUGUGGGCAGUUCUUCAUCGUGCAUCUCUGACGUUGACUCCAGGAUGGGAUGUUAGCAGCUGGCGGAGGAGAGUGGAGUUGUGUUAGGGGCGCACAGGGUUCUCUCAUUCUUGGACCUCAUGGCUGUGAGCUAGAUCGCCCGAUAGGAUGCUGAUGCAGUAAUGCUAGGGGAGUUCUCGUGGGGCCCUCUGGAGCUGCUGGGUCAGUUGCUACAGAGAGCGUUUGGGUGUGGGAUAGGAGGAAGGCUCAUUUUUGGGACGAGCCUAUAGGGGACUGAUGGGAUCAGAUCAGGGACUCCGUCCUGGAGCCUUUGGUGGGAGGACAGCGAGUGGGACGAGGAGCGUGGUGACUGCAGCAGUCCCGCUUAGGAGGAACUGUCAGUAGGAGUCAGGCCAACUCUUCUAGAAAGUGGGUUCAGAAAUUGUAAUCUUGCCAAAUUCCUAGCAGAGAGGGGGUUCAGUAUUACCAUAAGCCUUUGCUAUACUUCUUGAAAUAUUUCCAGGGAGAGAGGGUUGACAAGCCCCCUCCCCUCAUGUUACCUCCACAAGGUGAAGAUGGAGGGAAGCCGAGGUAGCCUGGAUUCUUGUCACCCGGCCCUGCGUGGGGAGACGCAUGACCGCUGGCAGUGACUGCGAAGCCUCCUGCUGCCUUGUCUUCAGUAGCUAAUGAUCAGAUAUUUUUUUUUAAACUACCAUGGGCCCCAGGUUUCAUCUGAAAUUUAUUUUUCUUUGUAUGAAUAUGUGUAAAUGAUUUAAAAAUAAAACUGUAAAAUAUUUGUAUGAAGAAUAAA